UAAUUUUUACUUUUGCAAAAAAGUAGAAGGUAGUUCCUUAAUUUGGAUUCCAGAAAAUAGUUAAAGUAAUAGCGCUUAAAUUCGAGUCUGGCUUUUUUCUUUUGGUCACUUAACUUCGAGUUUGACUAUUUUGUUGUAUACAUAUUAUUCCCAUGUUCGGAUGUUCCAAUCUCAUCACAAAGGAAACAUUCUUGUCUUUCUCUCCAAUGGCGCAGCACAAGAGUUUCUAUUCCUUUUCAGUCUCAAACCGUCCCAUCUCUCUCUUUAAUGGUCUCCUUCUCCUGGCCUCUCUCCUCCUUCUCCUCGGUGUGUUCUUACCCUGGGCAGGGUCUCCCUUAUUCCCGUUUCCAAACAGGAUCUCUUCUACUUUGCCCUCUAACUGGAGUGACUAUUCCCUCUCUCAAGCGGCUGCGUUCGUCGCUAAGGACGGGACUGUGAUCGUCUGCGCCAUUACCUAUCCCUUCUUGCCUUUCCUCAGCAACUGGUUGAUUAGUGUCUCGAGGCAGAAGCAUCAGGACAAGGUUCUCGUGAUCGCUGAAGAUUACGCUACUCUUUACAAGGUUAACAAGAAAUGGCCUGGUCACGCCGUUCUCAUUCCUCCAGCGCACGAUUCUAAGACCGCACUUAAGUUCGGUUCCCCGGAAUUUUUCAACUUCACUUCACGGAGGCCGCAACAUCUAUUGCAACUUUUGGAGCUAGGUUACAAUGUUAUGUUCAACGAUGUUGAUAUGGUCUGGAUGCAAGAUCCAUUUCAGUAUUUAGAAGGAAGCCACGACGCAUACUUCACCGAUGACAGGACUACAAUUAAGCCUUUGAAUCACUCACAUGAUCUACCACCUCCGGAUCAAAACGGUGUGACUUAUGUAUGUAGCGGCAUCAUUUUCUUGCGUCCCAAGAAUGGCGCAAAGCUUCUGAUGAAGAAAUGGUUUGAGGAACUUCAAGCUGGAUCUAAGGCAUAUGAAGGUGAUCAGCCUGCUUUUAACUGGGCACUUAACAAAACAGCUCACCAGGUAGAUCUGUACUUGCUUCCUCAGGCAGCUUUUCCAGCAGGAGGAUUGUACUUCACGAACGAGACAUGGGUUGAAGAGACGAAGGGGAAACAUGUGAUAAUCCACAACAACUAUAUUAUCGGUUAUGACAACAAGAUGAAACGCUUCCAUGACUUUGGUCUAUGGCUAGUUGAUGAUCAUGCUCUUGAGUCCCCACUGGGAAAAUUAGAUUAAAAACAUCACACCUAUAAACAAGAAUGGCUUGUUAUGUGUGACUGUAAGCAUGUGGCUAAUUCAAAACAUAGGUAAAUAAGUGAGACUCAGAGAUGUAUGUCUCCACAUUACCAGAAUCAAUAAUAGGUCACUCUAAGACAGAAGAACAGCGUUCCCUUGUAUGUAUCAUCUACCUCUUUAGUCUUCACCCGA